CUGCACCUUGCAGUUUUUCCUGCACGCGCGGAGCAACCGAACUCGGCUUUUAAACACCGCAUGCGGAUUUAUUUCAUGUCAUUUAUAUAAUGCACGGGACGAAUCGCGUUUAUUUGCGCAUUAAUGGAGGUGUGACAGAGAUCACGUGACCUUUAAAGGUCGUCGCUAUAAAUCGGCUUAUAGUGCGCACGCAGUUACACGCGCACACGCACAUAAAUAUAUAUAUACACACACACACACACGUGCGCACACACGCAUACAGCGGAGAUCAAAAUCUGGACUAGCAUGACAGACCAGGCGUAUGUCACACUCGCUACAAAUGACAGCUAUGCUAAAGGAGCGAUGGUGCUCGGUGUAUGUUUGAGGAACCACAGAACAUCUCGUAAGCUUGCCAUACUGAUCGGAGAUGACGUUUCACAACCCUUCAGGUCAGCCCUCAGUCAGAUCUUUGACGAGGUGUGUGAGGUGAAUGUGUUAGACAGCGGAGAUCCGGCUUGCUUGGCGAUGAUGAAGAGACCCGAGCUCAGCGUGACCUUCACUAAACUGCACUGCUGGAGCCUCACACACUAUUCAAAGUGUGUGUUCAUGGACGCAGACACACUGGUUCUGUGUAACAUUGACGAGCUGUUUGAGCGUGAGGAGCUCUCGGCGGCGCCCGACCCCGGCUGGCCCGACUGCUUUAACUCGGGAGUGUUUGUGUUUCAGCCGUCGAAGGAAACGUACACCAGCUUACUGAACGCCUGCAUCCUGAACGGCAGCUUCGACGGUGGGGAUCAGGGUCUGUUAAACAGUUAUUUCAGCGACUGGGCUACAGCUGAUAUCGCUAAACACCUUCCCUUCAUCUAUAACCUGAGCAGUAUUUCCAUCUACACCUACCUACCAGCGUUCAAACACUUUGGCCACAAUGCCAGGGUGAUCCACUUCCUGGGUGAGAAGAAGCCGUGGGAUUAUCAGCUCGGUGAUGGUGAUGGUGAUGAAGAGAGCAGGAGUGAGACGGGGCAGUGUCGUUCUUCCUCUCUGUAUCCGGAUUACGUUCAGCAGUGGUGGAGUGUGUUUAAGUCGUCGGUGCUGCCGUUACUCUCGAAGGAGCACACAUGUCCGCCUUCGGACACGCCCGACGUGGAGCAGGAGACUGUGUACGUCGAGGCAGCGCGAGUGGAGGAGUGUGUUCAUCCAUCGGCUUCUCAAACCUCCUCACAGGACAGGAAGCAGAAGUGGGAGCAAGGAGACGCUGAUUAUCUCGGAGAGGACUCGUUCACACACAUCGAGAGAAAACUCGACUCCUUCCUCAAGUGAACAACACACACACACACACAAUCUUUCUCUCUCUCACACACACACAGACACACUUACUUUUAUACUACUCCUUAUGUGUGGAACACAAACACACAUCUGUUUUCUUAGGUUUGUGCUUGUGAUGAUGUAAUAUGUAUUUAUGUUUUUAAUUCUGUACAAUAUCAUCACACACACACAGACACUCACACACUCGGGAUUAUAUUUGUUUCAAAAGUAGGGAUGCAUCGAUACUGAUACUCUGAAAAAAAUCCUCCAAGACCAACAUCCGAUACCAGGUAAUACUACGUAACCCUCGCGCUAAUGGACCGCGAUCUGGACGUAUUCCACCAUUAAUGAUCAAAGCAAAGCAGACUGCAAACUGAAAAUAUCAAGAGGAGGAUCUACAGCGUCUUCCUACAACGAAUACGAGCGAUAAAACAUCUUAAACAAUCGCUACGCCAGAAAAAAACAUCCAUGGACGACGCUAGGUGAGCGAAAAUAACCGCUCUUACGUUCCAGACAAUCAUAUGCUAUCGUCAUGACAACGAGGGAUUCUGACGCAGUGAAAACAUAAAAACAAAAAACGUACUUUACUUACAGCUGUACAUAAACACUUUUCUGACGUGAAACAAAACCCGCUUUUCUCCACUGCUAACUAACUCGCGUAGCUAGCUAAUCAACUCGCUAGCGCUAAGAACGAGUCUAGUACGAGCCCGAGCACAUGAACAAACCCGUGUGAACUGGAGAAACAUACAGCUAAAGACAAUGUUCCUUGAGGGUGUCUGACUGAUUAAUAUCAAGUACGUUACUCAUUCCUGUAUCGGUAUCAGUUUCAUUAUUGACGAGUACUAAAAUACUAAAUACUAAAAAAAAAAAUUUAAAUAUGCUAUCGGUGCAUCCCUAGUCAAAAGUAUUGAAUGUAAUUUUUUUUAAUGGAAAAAAUUACCUCAAAAUCCGAACAUGGGUCUCAGUCUUCCACAUAAAGUGUAGCCUUGGGUUACGAUUUGUGUUCGGUUACAAGACUAAUAUAGUGGGUGUGGUUUAACGAUCUCGGUCUCUACUGGCUUUUUGUGAUGCAUGUGUAUGAACAAACGCAGGAUAAAUUAAAGAGACAAACGACGUACUGUACUGAUGCUAAUCCGCCCCAUUAUUCACCACAGAAUAAAAGGGGCGAGGCUUAAAGCAGAUGGCUCAACAUGGCUACUGAUGGCAGCUUCUGUCUCUGUCCUCCAAACUGUAACUCUUUAAUGAGCUGUAAAAAGAAAAACACGCGUUAGCCAGCACUGUUCUUACAAUAUAUUACAGCUAGCACUUCAUGUGCAAACCAAUGUUGCCUUCAUGUGCUUUUAAUUAUCCCUUCAAAUCAUAACUACUGUGAGCUUCAGAAAACAAAUGACUGAAUUUUUACCCGAUUAUCAUGGUGGAGAAAAGGACUAGCUAGAUGUAGUUCCUCUAAAAAGUUUAGCUAUUAUGUGUUAUGAAGUUUCAUUUUCCUCACAACUCAUGAUGUUUGGUCUGGAGCUGAAGCUAAAUAGCUUCAAAUAUCUAAAUAGCUCACUUGCAACUAAAACUCCACAAAUAAACUGCUAAAUAAAAUAAGAUCCACUCAACAGGAACCACUGCUAUCACCGCCCCGUUAGCAUUAUUGUAUUAGCAAUAUUUAAGGCCUUUAAAUGAAUGAUGUUUGCAUCAUACCUCUGUGCUGUUACUCUGAGAGAAAACUGUAUCUGAAAUAAAGAAUUAGCUAAACA